CGCAUGUUUCCCAAAAAAAUGUCGGCGAAUAAAGAUCUUUGCCUUGUGGUGAUCGCCCUCUUGGCCAUUACUGGGUUUGCCCAGGCUGCUCCUCCUAUGGGACGUGUGGUUAAUGGAACAGAUUCCAGCGUGGAAAAAUAUCCUUUUGUGAUUUCGAUGCGUGGUUCCAGUGGCUCUCAUUCCUGCGGUGGCUCCAUUAUUUCAAAGCAGUUUGCGAUGACUGCCGCCCAUUGCACUGCUGGACGCAAAGCCUCGGAUCUGUCCAUCCAAUAUGGAGUGACCAAGAUUAAUGCCUCCGGCCCGAAUGUCGUGCGCGUGAAGAAAAUCAUCCAACACGAGGACUACAACCCCAACAACAACUAUGCCAACGACAUUUCCCUGCUGAUGGUGGAGGAGCCAUUCGAUCUGGAUGGGAUUACGGUUGCCACUGUUCAAUUGCCGGAGCUGGCCUUUGCCACACCUCAAACAGAUGCCGGAGGCGAGGGAGUGCUCAUUGGCUGGGGUCUCAAUGCGACUGGCGGCUACAUUCAGUCUACUCUGCAGGAGGUGGGCCUAAAGGUCUACUCCGAUGAGGAGUGCACCACCCGACAUGCUGGCCGCACGGAUCCCAAAUACCACAUCUGCGGAGGCGUGGACGAGGGCGGCAAGGGUCAGUGCAGCGGGGACUCCGGUGGCCCCCUCAUCUACAAUGGCCAGCAGGUGGGCAUCGUGUCCUGGAGCAUCAAGCCCUGCACCGUGGCUCCUUAUCCCGGUGUCUACACCAAGGUCAGCCAGUACGUCGACUGGAUCAAGAAGAGCCAAAUCAUAUUGGCAUAGACAGUUUACUAUCUUUGUCAAUGUGGAAUGCUAUUUGCUAACAAUAAAUUCAGCUGAUUAAA